UUAUCAGUCGCGAAUAUCUAGGUUCGAUAUGUAAACGUGUGUGAUAGUGUAUUUCUAAUAUAUAAUAAUUCGUUUUUAUUAUUAUAAUAAUCGUGUGUUAAAAUUAAAAAUUGAUUUUUUGUGUUGUGGUUCAGUGUUAUUAAGAAAUUAUGUCAGUGUACAGAUGCUACGAAUCUGUCGAGAGAAGAGACGUGGAGUCACAGUCUUCGAAAACUAGUUUCUGCACUCGACAUGGCUUGUGGUGGACAUUUGGAAUUGACAUUCCUUUACUCUUAAUCUUACUUGCACUGAUCGGCCUCUUCGAGUUGGGAGUGAUCCCAAAUCACAAAGCAGGCUUCUACUGCAACGAUCCAGCUCUCAGCUUUCCUUUCAACGGGGACACAGUCACCACCGAGAUACUCAUGUCGACUUUACUGGUUGGACCUAUAGUAUUUUUUUCGAUCACAGAAUACAUCUUCGUCUACGUUGACUACUCCGAGUCCAGGAUACGGCAGACUUGUAUAAAGACCUUCUACUUAUACAGAACAUACAUCUAUGGGCUGAUCAUCAACCUUAGUAUAGUUGAGGUGAUGAAGGGAGUUGUCGGCAGCCCUAGACCUACCUUCUUCGAUCUAUGUGAACCUGAUGCUGGGAAGACUUGCAAUGGUUCAGAGUACGUUAAAGACUUUCGGUGCACAUCAAUGAAGUACGCGAGUUGGUAUCAAAUGGACUCCUACAGGAGCUUCCCAUCUGGUCACACCUCUCUGUCCGUCUACUGUGGACUCUUUAUUGCGUGGUACCUCCAACGCCGUGCCUUCGACUGGUCACACCGUUCUAUUUUCAUGGUCCCUAUGCUGCAACUGCUAUGCAUCUCCUACGCUGCCGUCUGUUCCCUGACCAGAAUCACAGACCACAGGCAUCACUGGUGGGAUGUCCUCGUUGGAAGCUUCAUCGGUGUUGUCACUGUUCUUUACGCUGUAAUCAUCAGCUCGAACUUUUCGAACGAUCAUUCAAAAAUCAGUGAUCUGAAGUCCCAGGAGAGCCGACAAACUGUGAGGACCUUAUUAUAUGACGAGAGAAGACCUGUGACAGUGUCCUAGUGUAAAAAAAGAACAAAAGACUGGUUUAAAAUUUAAUAGACCGUGGUCUAUUUGAAAAUCUGGUGCGAAAGGACCAGGAUGGUUGACUACGUUGACUCUCCGAAAUUAGGAACGAAUUUAUUUCAAAAAUAAAGGCCAGUUUAGCCUUUUGAAGAAUAAACACAUAUCGUUUUUAUUUUAUAAGUAUUUAGAAUGUGGUCCUAAUUAUUUUGUUAAAAUUAUUAUUUAGAACUUAGGACAAUGUUUGUUUGAAGUAUGUACUAGUAAAAAAAUCUCAAGUGUUGGUUUCCAGCUCGAACGACUUUUGAACAAAUUAACAUCGUAUUCGAUACAUAUUUAUUUUCUAGAUAAAAGUAUGACAUUAUUACUUGUUAAAAUGUUUAUUUUUAAUAGACAUUUAUUGACACAAAAUUUCUCUGACUGGUUUACAUUUCGAAAAAUAGAAUUCUACCAAUUUUACACUUGGACAAAAAAAAAUAUAUGAAAAUAAAUAAAAGCACUAAAAAUGUUCAAAAAAUAGAAAAAAUAUGCAACUGAUAUAUCCGCCAUAUCUUUUUUAGUUUAAAUUUUUGUAGUUAUGCCAUAGUUAGUUUGACUUAUGUUAAAACUAUAUUUAUCUUAUUGUCACAUUGUAAUUAUAUUUAAUUUUAGUUAUCAUGACAAUAUGAAAAGUAUGGCUUCAUAUGUUGUUUAUUUAUUUAAACUGCAUGCUCAAUGGGUACAUAGGCGGACUUAAUGCCUAAGGUAUUUUCUAUGUGUAUUUAAAUAAUCUGACAAUACGUAUGGCAUUUUAUGUGAACUGUAACAUUUGAAUCGACAAUAAAAUCUUGGAUAUACCUACAUUUGCUUGAAAAGUAAAUGUUUUAGGACCUUUAUACCAGAUUUGUAGGAGAGAAAUAAUCAUAUUUAAAUUGACCAAACCAUGCAGGUUUUUAUAUUAUAUUUAUAUGCAUGUUAGAGUAAGAUUGUCAAAGUGUGUUUGAGAAAUAUUAAUUUUAAAUACUUGUUAUUUAUCCAUUAUAUGCUUUUGUUAUUUAUUCAACCUUUAAGCAUUAAAUUGAAAUACUAAUUGAAAUAUAUUUGUGCCCAACGAAUCGUCAACCUGUAUACAAAUAAAAAAAAUAUUAAUAGAAAAAAUGUACUUAAAUUGGCAACACCUUUGUAUGUUAUAAACUUAUUUAUGAGUUUGUUUUUAAUCGUAGAAAUAAGUAGGUAGUUAAAUUAGUUAUAUUUAAAUUGUAAUUUAAUAAUUGAAUUAAGAAAUAGCAUAUCAGUAUUAUAGAAUUGGAGGAUGGCUGAAGGAUAUGUAUUUAUAAAUGACGACGUUGCAUUUUGUUAAAAUAAAAAUUGAAUUUAAUACAA